AUGUGUACAAAAUCAGAACCUCCAAGUACACAUUACCAUUCAAACCAAUUAAACCUGACUUCAAGUUCUAUGCUAAAUCAUAUGAUCGAAAACCUAAAAUUGAAGUUUUUGGACUAUUUAAAACCCAAUUGGCAGAAAUGUCUGAUAUUUUUUCAUUUUAGGAGUAUUUUAGAUACAGUUGGGAAAAGAAUUGUACAUCCUUGUCCUUACUCUGGUCAAAUCAGAAUUGUUGAUAUGUCAGUGGAAAAUGAAAUGUCUGUGCAGUUCCUCAAAGGACAAUAUAAAAUAACAUUUAAAAUGCUUAAUGAGGAGGAUGAUGACAUAAUUACGAUACAUAACUCAUGA